AUGAACCACGAGGACACCACAGCAGAGCUGCAUGAGGCCAUGGAGUCGCGCCAGACUGGCCCUCACAGGGACAUGACCGGUGGCUACAUUGGUGGUACUGCUGCCAACGCCAGGGACGAGAAGCCUGGCUUCGACGCCGAGGCCGUGCCCACCCUCGAUGGCGAGGAGCCCAGCGAGCAUGAGAAGCGUACGCUUCGUCGUGUCGGCGAGAACCUGCCCGCGUCCGCCUUUCUCAUCGCCAUCGUGGAGUUGACCGAGCGUUUCGCCUACUACGGUGCCCAGGGUCUGUUCCAAAAUUACAUCAGCCACAGCCGCAACGGCUCGGACGGUCCCAAGGGCCUGGGUCUGGGACAUCAGGCGGCCACCGGCCUCAAUUUGGCCUUCCAGUGGCUCUGCUAUGUCACGCCCAUCCUCGGCGCCAUCGUCGCCGAUCAGUAUCUUGGCAAGUACAAGACCAUCAUCGUCUUUGCCGGCAUCUACUGGUUCGGUCUCGUCAUCCUGUGGACCACGUCUCUGCCGGCCUCCCUUGACGCCGGCGCCGGUCUUCCUGGUUACAUCGUGGCCAUCUUUGUCAUCGGAUUUGGCACCGGUGGUAUCAAGUCCAACAUUGCCCCCCUCAUUGCGGACCAGUACCAGCGCCGCAUCAUGGCCAUCAGGACGGAGAAGUCGGGCGAGCGCGUGGUCAUAGACCCGGCCGUCACCUACCAGAGGAUCUACAUGAUCUUCUACUGGUGCAUCAACCUUGGAGCAUUGUCACUCAUGGCGACACCGUUCAUGGAGAAGUAUUGUGGCUUCUGGUCCGCCUAUCUCAUGUGCUUCUGCAUGUUCAACGUCGGCAUCGCCAUCCUCAUCCUGAGGCGCAAGAGCUACGUCAACCGCCCGCCCCAGGGGUCGGUCAUUACCGACUCCUUCAAGGCCAUCGGCAUGAUGAUCGCGGCCCGUGACACUAAUGCCGCCAAACCCUCCUGGCGCGAGGCCCACGGCAAGACACAGGCUGUGCCUUGGAAUGAUCAUUUUAUCGACGAGCUGAAGCGUGCCCUGCGUGCCUGCAAGGUCUUUGUCUUCUGUGAGUAUCGCCUUACACCGCGUGCAGCUCCCGGAUGCUGA